AUCUGCUGCUGUAGCCACUAGGCGGUCUCACCCAUCCCUCCUCCAAAAUCUGUCCCGCUCCUCUUCCUGCUCAGCUCCUAGUGUGAAAUCAAACAAACGCCAAGAUGUCGGAGAAAAAGAUGUCUUCGAGUCGGAGGCAUUACCUGAAGAGCUUGAUGCUCUCCAUUGCUAAAGGCUUACUGGAAGACGAGGCAAAGGAGAACGAGCAAGAGAGAAUAAGAUGGAUGGCGGAGAACUGCCCUCCCCUGUCCCUGCCAGGGGGUACUCAACAGUUACAGGAGUUCUUGAAAGAGCUGCAUCAUAAGAUUGACGUGAUAGAUGAGGAGAGAUAUGACCUGGAGAGCAAAGUGAACAAAGCCACUAAGGAGAUUGAAGAUUUGAACAUUAAAGUUAUUGACUUGAAGGGCAAGUUCAAGAAGCCAACUUUGAGGAAAGUGCGUAUGUCUGCUGAUGCUAUGCUCCAGGCUCUGCUGGGCUCCAAGCACAAGGUGUCUAUGGAUCUGAGAUCCAACCUGAAACAAGUGAAGAAGGAGGUCAAAGAGGAGGAUAAGGAACUGCGUAAUGUUGGAGACUGGCGUCAGAACAUUGAAGACAAGUCCGGAAUGGACGGGAGGAAGAAGAUGUUUGAGUCCGAGGGUUAAUUUAGUCUAUCAUUUCCCGCUAAGCAACACAAAACUCUCACUUUUUUGAACAUUUCUCUUAUUGAGCACUAUGGUAUCAUUUGAACCAGUGUAUGUGUGUAAAACGAAAGGACAAUUAAAUGUUUCGAGUGGAACAGAAUCGUGCGUUAAUAAAUGCUUUUUAGAUUGCUACAA